UUGGGUUUUUACGAAAAGUAGCCUCCUAUAGUUGAAACGAGGUUUUUCCUAUGUUCAAACGCCAGUCAGAUGAAUAAAUUGCAACCUAUGUUCUCAGUAAGCACAACUAUAUUGAGCUGCAAGCAUGCAACAGGCUACACUAAUUCUAAUCCCACAAGAUUAGUUGUAGAAACGACACGUCCCGUGUCUCAUAUCUGUCAGCACAGCACGCUGAGUCUAACAAUGGCGACUGUGACCACUUCAAGCAGAAGACCCUACCAUGUUGUAAUUUUCGGAGCUAGUGGCUUUACUGGACAAUUUGUCGUGGAAGAGGUCGCAAAGGCAAUCAGCGAGGGACCGGAGGGGAACCUGAAAUGGGCGGUAGCAGGACGAAGCAGGAGGAAACUUGAGAACGUUCUCAACCAUGUUGCGAAUACCCUCGAUACACCAGAGCUGAAGUGCGCAGUGGAGGUCAUUGUGGCCGAUGUUCGUCAACCAGAAUCCCUGGCCAUCAUGUGCAAACAGGCUGUGAUUGUGCUGAACUGUGUGGGGCCAUACAGGUUCUAUGGGGAGCCGGUGGUCAAAGCGUGCGUUGAGAACGGGGCACACUACAUUGACAUCUGCGGAGAACCACAGUUUCUGGAGGCCAUUCAGCUGGUGUUUGACAGAAAGGCGAGGGAGAACAGCGUCUAUGUCAUCGGCAGCUGUGGCUUUGACUCCCUCCCAGCAGACAUGGGCAUCCUCUACACUAAAGAAAAGUUUAAAGGCACACUCACAGCGGUGGAGAGCUUCUUGACUGUCAGCACAGGCCCAGAGGGAGGCUGUGGCCAUGACGCGACGUGGCAGUCGGCCAUCUUUGGCUUUGCUGACGCAGCGCGACUGCGCUCUCUCAGGAAGCAGUUCAAGCACAAGCCCCUGCCAGAGCUGGGUGCCAAGAUUAAGAAGAGGGGUGCUCUGUUCUUCUGUAAGGAGAUAGGCCAGUACGCAGUGCCCUUCAUGGGGUCUGACCCCUCAGUAGUAAGGAGGACUCAGCGUUACCUGUGUGAGGAGGAGGAGCAGCAGUGUCCGGUGCAGUACUGUGCGUAUGCAGGCGUAGGGGGAGUGUGCUCCGUGUUGAAACUGCUCUUCUCAGGGUUUUUCUUCUGGCUGCUGGUCAAGUUCAGCCUCGGCCGGCACCUGCUGAUUAAAUGCCCAGCAUUCUUCUCCUGGGGUUUGUUCUCCAAAGCCGGGCCGACCCAGAAGCAGAUGGAAGGCACAAGCUUCCGGAUGACGUUUUACGGUGAAGGCUACACGAAAGGCCGCGACCCCAGCCAAGGGAUGCCCGACGGCCGAAUCACCACAGAGAUCAGAGGAGCAGAGCCAGGCUAUGUCGUCACCCCUGUCGUCAUGGUGCAGGCGGCCAUGACCUUCCUGAAUGAGCUCCAGUCCCUUCCUGAGAGGGGUGGAGUCUUCACGCCCGGUGCUGCCUUUGCGAGGACGUCCCUCAUCCAGCGUCUGCAGCGCCACGGCCUCAAGUUCACCGCCACAAACCAGCAGGGGGCGCCCUGAGUGGAGGGCCAGGCCCACGCUGCUCUGCUCUCUCCUGGCUCUUUUCCCCUCAUCCCCUCAUCCUCUCAUCCUCCCUUCUCCAGUGUGUUUAUUUCUCUCUCUCUGAUCUUUUUGUACGUGUCAGGCAUUUUAUUCUCUAGAAGCAUACCUGUCUUCUCACCACUGUUACAGCUUUUAUAGCGAUAGCAUUUCUAUGUCAGUUUGUCUUUACUUCACACCGAAUGUAACUGCUUUCCUACUUUCGUAAUUAAAGGCUUCGUCUGUGUGUGUGUGUGUGUGCAUGUGUGUGUGUGUGUGUGUGUGUGUGCGUCGUGUUCCACCUGUACAUAAACGUGUGUGUGUGUGUGUGUCCAAGGACAAUACUGAGUGAACUGGCUGGCUAUCUGUUUGCUGCCAUAAUUAGUCAGCUCCGCCAGGCUGUUGACAUGUUUACUGUUAGCCUUUCCAUCCUGACCGCAUGCUCGUUACGACGAGGCUGAGUCUGAGCCUACAGCAGCUGAAAUGUCAACAUACAGUACUACCCUCUCAUAACCCACAGCACAAACAUUUAGCACUGAGGGAGAGCUAGUCUGUGGUCUUGGGUAUGAGCGAAUAUGAGUUUUUGUGAAAGACUCGGAUGUUUGGCAGAAAACCUGAUUUUGUUUGUUUUGAUUUUGAUUUGUUUUACACAAUAAGGAUUUUUGAAAUGAAUUCAUGCGUGUGACUUGAGCAUGUUCUUGUGAGUUAGGCGUAGGAUGUCAAUAUUUAGUUCAGGUUCCUGGUCUUGGUGUCACUAAGACCAUGGAUUCAGUGCCUGGGGAACUGAGGAGCUAAAGUGCUUUUUUAUCUUAUUAGGCUAUCAUCUUGGUCCUUUAAGUCAAGUUAUACAAUACAUGCAAGCCAAUGAAUAAACCAAAUGCAAAAAUCUGAUUGAUGUGAGGACAUCAAUUGUAAACAGAAACCUCAUCUUCUAUAAUAAUGUGAUAACAAAUCAGUUAUCAUCAUUUACAAUCAUUGAACCUGUUCCAUGCUGUGUGCUGUGAAUUCUAGUUGAAUAUUGUACUCUGGGAAUUGCCCUGAUGUCUUGGAUUUAUCUGAUGUCUAUUUUCCCUACAGUUUUAAUAAAAGAUCUCCAUCA